AUGCCUGCUGACGUUAAAGUGCCUCCAACUACGUAUGAACGGCUCCAGAGAUUCCAGAAGGAGAACUCAGCCGCUCUGCGUCACCCCGAUUCUCCGGACUGGUUUAAUAAGGAAAUUAACGAGAAAAUGAAGAAGGAUCUCCUAUGGGCUGCACCUUAUGACGCACGCUUCCCACAGGUCCGCAAGCAGCGUCAGUGCUUUGCGUAUUACGUUGACUUUCACCGCUGUACUGAGUUGAUGGGUAAGGACUACAAGCCUUGCAAAUUCUUCCAAAACGUAUACAAGGACUUCUGCCCCAAUUUCUGGGUUGAGAAAUGGGACGAGCUCGUUGAGGAAGGUCCGCUUCCCCGCCAAGUUCGAUCGCUAGGAUGGUCGCAACUACUUUAUAUAUAG